AUGUUAUUUAAGAGAACGACAACCCUGUUUGCUGUCCUCGGAUUACUUUUUGCAAAAGCAGCAUUCAAAAGCAAGCCAAGUAUGUCGACAGCGAACAACAGUACACAGGCAAUUGUUAUAGGCGGAGGUUUAGCUGGUCUCUCUGCUACAAAUACUAUCUUGGAAUUGGGGGGAAAUGUUUUACUUUUGGACAAAAACAUUGCUUUCGGUGGAAAUAGUGUAAAAGCCGCUAGUGGAAUCAACGCUGCUGCUACUCAACUUCAAUUUGAUCAAAACAUUCCAGACAGCGUAAACACGUUUUAUAAUGAUUCCAUCCUUUCAGCCAAAUCCAAAGCCAAUCCAAAGUUACUCCACACGCUGACAAGUAAAUCUGGCAGCGCUGUCAAUUGGUUAACGGAACGCUUUGGUCUUCAAAUGAAUGAACUUUCUCUUUUGGCCGGCCACAGCCAAGCUCGUACUCAUCGUGGAAGUCACCCGGAUUAUCCUUUUAAACCUUUGGCAUUUGUUAUUGCUGACAAAACUGAAAAGUUUUCCGUUGCGCAUCCAGAUCGUUUGCAAAUAAAGAAAAAUACUCGUGUUACUCGUCUAAUCACCGACUCUUCUAAAUUAACAGUCGUUGGUGCAGAAUAUGAGGAUUUGAAUGACAGAACCCUCCAUUCCGUCUAUGGACCUGUGGUGCUUGCUACCGGUGGGUAUGCUGCUGAUUUUACGGAUGAAUCUCUUUUAAAAUUGCAUCACCCUGAGGCCCUCAAAUUAAGCACCACAAAUGGGCCUUAUUGCACCGGUGAUGGUCAUAAAAUGGUUAUGUCAAUUGGUGGAAAUACCAUAGACUUGGAUCUCAUUCAAAUUCAUCCCACUGGUUGGGUUGACCCCAAAGAUCCUUCUUCCAUGACAAAAUUCCUAGCUGCCGAGGCUCUCCGUGGCUCUGGUGCGGUUCUAAUGACAGAUAAGGGAAAACGCUUUUGCAAUGAACUUGGAUAUCGUGACUAUGUCACUGCCGAAAUGAUGAAGCUGAACACUCCGGUCCAAUUAGUUAUACCUGCCAAGUGUGUUCCCGAUGUUGCCAACUUUGUCAAAUUCUACAGUUUCAAAGGACUCAUGCGGGAAGUUGAUAUUGAAGAGCUUUCGAAGAUUCUUAAUUGUACAACUAAGGACCUCGAAAGUACAUUUUCUAUGGUUAACAAAGCCUCUCAAGGUGAAUUAAAAGACGUGUUUGGAAGAGAGCAGUUUGGAAAAGAACCCUUUGAUAUUUCAGACAAAUUCUAUAUUGGUCAGGUUGAGCCUGUUUUACACUACACAAUGGGUGGUGUACAGGCAGAUUCACAAGCUAGAGUCUUGUCUAAGGAAGGUCACCCAAUUGAAGGAUUGUUCGCGGCAGGUGAAAUUGUUGGUGGCCUUCAUGGUGAAAAUCGUUUGGGAGGAAGUAGUUUACUUGCUUGCGUUGUAUUCGGCCGGUUGGCCGGUCAAGGAGCUGCAGGUGAGAUGCUUACACGUCUAAUUUCUGCUGCUAAAGAAACCUCUCGUUCCAGUUAG